ACUAAACAUGUUUUCCUGUACAGUUUUCUUUUCUUUCUUUGUCUAACUUGGUGUUGCAGGGGAGCCUGGAGCCUAUCCCAGAGGACGUGGGGGACACCCUGGAUGGGGUGCCAACCCAUUGCCGUGCACAAUCACACACACACACACACACACACACACACACACACACACACACACACUCCAGACAACUUUGCAAAUGCAAAUCAGCCUACAAGGCAUGUCUUUGGACUGGGGGAAGAAACCGGAGUACCUGGAGGAAACCCCUGAAGGAGGCGGGACUCGAACCUCCAUCCCUGUUGGUGCGAACAAAUUAUAUUACUGUAGUUUCUGAUAUUUGGAUUGCUUUUUUUGUUUUGGUUGUUUGUUUUUUCUUUUUCCUACCUCCUGCAGAGACUUUUUUUUUUUGCAUUCCUCUCUUCAUUCCUUUGCAGCCGCAGUGUGUGACGUGUCGCAUUGCUGCCUGGACUGAAGCAUAGAUCUGCUCACUGACACUGAAACACUGAAACAGAGAGACACUGAAACAGAGAGACACUCCUGCUGCAUCGCUAGCUCUCGGAGCGCAACCUAAUCAACUCUAGCUAUUUAGCACAACAGCCACAACAGCAGAAGGGCGAGAUUUCCAACACUCUCCUCGUCGCAGUCUACAUGAACUGCUGCUGGACGAGCUGAACGAGUUGAAUCUGGUUGAGUUGUUUUUGUGGAAUGAAGUGGUAACACCCAGCAGGAAAGGAAAAAUCUGCAGAACUAUUAUAACUUCAAAACCCAGGAGUGAGUCAGAACUGUGGAUUAUUGCAGAACUAUCAGGCUACUACACACGUGAUUGUCAUAUAAUCUCUUCUCUACAAUGAUGGACCUGGAGGAAACUGAUUAUGGCAAUGUCUCUUAUGAAUAUAUGGAGUAUGGGGACUUUGAAGAGUUGAAAGAAGAGACUUAUGUCCAGAAGGAAACUCUACAUAUUAUUUCUGUGGUCAUCUAUUCUUUAGCGUUUGUGACUGGUGUAACUGGGAAUGGCAUUGUGAUCUGGGUCACUGCUUUCAAAUUCAAACGGACAGUUAGCAGUGUGUGGCUGCAGAACCUUGCUAUUGCUGAUUUUGUUUUUGUCCUUUUCCUACCUUUCUCCAUUGAUUAUGUGCUGCGUGACUUUAAUUGGAUCUUUGGCUGGGUAAUGUGCAAACUGAACUCUUUUGUGUGUACAAUGAACAUGUACGCUAGUGUGCUGUUCCUCACUGUGCUCACUCUGGACCACUACAUUUCUCUCGUGCACCUUAGUUGGUACCAAAUGUUCCGUACGGUGAAGCGGGCCUGGGGAGUCUGUGCAUUGACCUGGGUCAUGUCCAGCCUCUUAAGCAGUCCAGCUCUAAUAUUUAGAGAUACACUACAAUAUCACAAAAAGGUUGUGUGUUUCAACAACUUCCAUGAUGAUCCAAAUGUCAGUAAGGUGAGACACAUUUCUAUGGUAACUCUCCGCACCCUAGUUGGCUUCCUCCUGCCAUUCCUCACCAUCAGUGUGACUGCUAUAUUAUUGGUUAGAAAGAUGAAGCAGUUCAGCAAUGUACGCUUCUCCAGAUUCUCCAAAAUGAUCUCAGCAGUUAUCGUCGCUUUCUUCCUAUGCUGGGCGCCAUUCCACACCUUUAGCCUCAUGGAGCUCACUAUGCACCACUCACUCUCGCUGGGUCAUGUCCUGACUGUGGGCUUCCCUCUGGCCACCAGCUUGGCUUUCUUCAACAGCUGCAUCAAUCCCAUACUCUAUGGGCUGCUCAAUAAGAAAGUGUGGGCAAUUGUCAAGGGUUCCUUCAUAAGUCUCACUAAGAACUCACUGAGAGAGGUCAGCCACAACCUAUCUGCCACUGAGACAGCUUCACUUCCACCCAGCUGCUCACCUGAAGAGCCCUCUCCCUACACUAGUGUCUGAAGGAUGAGCUCUACAUCACUAACAUCACUAAAAAGCUUGCUGACAUUUGUGAUAAGAUUUGUAUUUCAUGUAUGUAUGUGCUUUAGAAAUCUGAUCAUAUAGAAAAAUAUUAAUUUUCUAUGCAAUCUAUUUUUAAGUUCAAAAACUUAAGGAUCUUAAAACUUCUCUAUCAUUCCCAUAAAACACUAAUUCUAGGGAGUUUUUUUUAUCAUUUGCUUUCUUUGGAGCUGGUCUUGUUUGGGUGCCAGAGUAUAAUGACUAUAAAUUUCUCAGAGUGGAAAACAUGAGCAAGUUCUCUCCCAACCACAUCUCUCAGACUUGGUGAAAGUAGAAACCAAAAUUCUUCUCCAUUAUAGGACUUGCCGUCCCCGUGAUGACCCUCAUUAUGCAAACAAGGCACAAUUCGGGAGAGAAAUGUUCAGUUUCAUUUGAUCUUCUUGACCUUAUGUAUUUUUGUAUGUUAAUAUUUGCUUACUUGGAAGUAAUUACAGCAUGGUUUCUCCUUCGUAUACGUUUGGUUACUUUUAGAUAAAGAUUUUAUUCAUAUUGACUUUAAAAUAUUUUGAGUUACCCUGUCCAGGGUGUACCCUGCCUUGUGCCCGAAGCUUCCUGGGAUAGGCUCCAGGUUCCCCGCGACCCUGAAGAAGGAGUAAGCGGUAGAAGAUGGAUGGAUGGAUGGAUAUUUUGAGUUACUCACCAGCAUGUUGUACUAGCAUAUUCUUUUUGUCUGUCAAGUUAGAUGUGGUUCAUGACAAACAGAAAAACUAUUCCUUUGUUUUUGUCUUUGAAUUGAACCAGUAUUUGGAAUGUUGGUGGUACCACGAUUGGUCUUUGCAAUCCACAGCCAUGGUGCAUUAAAAUAACCCUUGAGUCUGAGUAACAAGCUGAAUAACAAGUAUUAUAACAGCUACACAGCAUAUUGCUCACACUUACCGAUUGGGAUUAUGUGCAUUAAUGUUUGUACAGAAAAGUGUAUUCAUAAGAAACACAAAUAUCUUAUUUUAAUAUAUGUUGGUUUUUUUAAAUAAAUAUAUUCUAAUGACGGGAGCACAUUUAUUUCUUUGUUAUAUUUGAAAGUCAGUGGUCAGUGUGUUCCACAAGUGUCUGCUGUCCAGAUUGUCUUCUCUUUCUAUUCUGAAUAUGUUUUCAAUAGUUUCUAUUUCCUCUUAUUUAUGUACCCAGUUGCUGAGUGACUAACAGAUGAGUCACAGAAGAGUCUGGCGUUACAUGCGCUACAAGAGCCAAAAGAAAUAUCAAGUGUGUGUAAAACAGCCUUAUCAAAAUGCUCCAAGAAGUGAUGCCUGCACCAGACACAGGUUUAUUAAGCUAAAAAUCUGCCGUUUUUACAAGACAACAUUUAAAGUACAUUUAAACUGAAAGUAAGCUGUCAAUUCAAAGCCUCUUUCUCUAUUCUUUCAGCUUAAUCCAGUUUCUUCUGCUUGUGUAUCAGAAAGAUAAACACUCACCAUCCUUUUUACAACAGAAUAAGGAAAAAAUGUGACUCCUGUGACUUUAACGAUGGCAUGGUUGUGGUUGCCAGAUGGGUAUCUCUGAAACUGCUGAUCUCCAGCGUUUGUCAUACAUAACAGUCUCUCGAGUUUACACAGGAUGGUGCGGGGAAAAAACUGUUCUGUGGGUGGAAAUGCCUUGUUGAUAAGAGAAGACAGAAGAAAAUGGUCAGAUUGUUUCAAGCUGCCAGGACAGAUAUAGUAACUCAAUCAAUUUUUACAACUGUGGUGAGCAGAAAAGCAUCUUGGCGUUCAUUGAACAUUGAGGUGGAUGAGCUACAACAGCUGAAGACCACAUCAGGUUUCACUCCUGUCAGCCAAGAACAGGAAUCUGAGGCUACCAUGGGCACAGGUUCACCCAAACUGGACAAAGACUGGAAAAAGUCUGGAUAAUUUUCAAUUGUCGAGUUUGGUCUGUGCCCAUGAUAGCCUCAGAUUCUUGUUCUUGGCUGACAGGAGUGGAACCUGAUGUGGGCUUCUGCUCACGGGUGGAUUUACUGAUUUGGGGGCCCUGGGCAAAAUAUAGGAAUGGGGCCCUUAUUUCAGUAUUUUAACAUUGAAAUAAGUUAAACUGUAAAUAGUUGCAUUUGAAGGCGGUUGCAGCAUGCAAACCCAAGAAUAUUACUGAACUGGAGGCCAUUGCUAAUGAGGAAUGGGAUAAGAUUCCUCAGGAACGCUGGUGUCUGGCAUCUCAUUUGCAGCAGGUCAUAACAGCAAAAGGGUGCUCUACUAAGUACUAAAGAUGCUUGCCAUGAAGGGGUUGAAUAAUUCAUUAUAAGUUGCAUUUUCAGUUGAAUUUGGGGAAACCACUUGAAACAUUCGUUGUGUUGAACUAUUUCAAUUGCUUUUGUUUGGUUUGUUCAUUGCAAACAGCUGAAAGUCUGUAAAUUUUGACUAUAAACCUGAUUUGCAAUGGGAGUUGAAUAAUUUUGAUUGCAACUGUACAUCCUAGCCUGCAACAUGUUGGUCUGUAUCCAUUCAAAUACAUUAAUUAUCUUUGAAUACAACCAUGGUUUGCAUAAACCUAUAGUCAUAUAGCACAUAUAAAAUGUGCUUGGAUAUCAAGCUGGCCUUGGAUCUGUUAGCAGGAAAAGCCUCACCCAGAGGGAUCUUCCUGCCUGGGACUUCCUCCUACGUCAAUAUGUCCAUCACACAAAUACACUUUACACAUGCAAUUAAAUGUUAAAUCCCAAAACAGGAUACAUAUAGGGAUACAUAGUGUAUAAUACUUGGCAAGCUCAUUACUUGUUUUAUUUGUUUUUGUUGGAAGAUAGAAGAGGAUUCAAACAUUUUAAAAUGACAGUGUUACAGGAAACACUGAUUAGAAUGUGAAGGAAACACACUCAAGGACAGACACUUAACAAGAAAAAAACAAAUCACACAUGUGUCAAUUGAACAGGCAAUAGAUACACUGUCUGCCUGCAAACUGGUCAGCUGUUGAUGAUGAUUAGCAGAAACAACAACAA